CCUCUCAAGAUGGACUCGACCUCUCCCGUGACUCUGCGAACGCGCAAGUUCAUCACCAACCCGCUGCUGCAGCGCAAGCAGAUGGUCCUCGAUGUCAUUCACCCAACGCGGGCCAACGUCUCCAAGGACGAGCUCGAGGACAAGCUGUCGACGAUGUACAAGGCGCAGAAGGAGCAGUGCGUCGUCUUCGGCAUGAGGACCCACUACGGUGGUGGUCGCUCGACUGGUUUUGCUCUCAUCUACGACUCGCGCGACUCGAUGAACUUCGAGCCCCGACACCGUCUCGUCAAGAAGGGCCUCGCCGCCAAGGUCGAGAAGCCCUCGAGGAAGCUGCGCAAGGAGAGGAAGAACCGCGCUAAGAAGGUCCGCGGUGUCGCCAAGAAGAAGGGCUCUGGAGACAAGAAGAAGUAAUCGACCUAUUCUCUUCUUCUCCUACACCUCUCGUUGUCGCGGCACACAUUUUUCUGCAUACACCACACGCACACACACUACUACAACAUCACCCAAAACUUCCCGCUGGGAGCAGGCUGUCUUAUGGCUUCUUCUCACCUUAACGCUUGUACCAUGAUCACAACCAUGAGCUCUACUCUCACUGGGGGAGCGCGCAACAUCGAAAAUUGAAAAAGAAGCCAAGUGCAGAUAGACUCGGGUUUGUUGCGAUUCCUGUACUAACAGAGGAUACAUCUACACAUCGAAACGGGCCUUUCGCCUCCCCUUUGGCGGUGCUGAUGGCAAAAAGUUAGAUGAGGUGACCUCUGAUGCAGUAGACCCUGCUGGUGCCUGGUCCGAAGGAGGCAAGAGGGGAAGACCGGCCCUCGAGACACUCGACCCAGCCUGUCUGUUGCCCAGCAGGAAG